UACACAUGUAACAGCCAAUUCUAUUACUACCAAAAACCUAAAAAUAUAUACCAAAAAACACUCAGCUAAUUAUCAUAAGCUAAUAACAAUGGAGAGUCGUCUCUCACUCAUCCUCUUCUACCUCCUCCUCCUAAUCUUCGUCACUCCUCGGCGCACGUUAGCUCCGGACCCUUCAUGUCGAAGCAUGUGCGGGUCUACACAAGUCAAGUACCCGUUCGGAACCGGCUACGGCUGUGGCUCGCCGCGUUUCCAACCCUACGUGACAUGUGCACCCACCGACGACAACCGAGACCACGACCACCUCAUCCUGACCACCCACACCGGAUCCUACCCCAUCACCUCCAUAUCCUACACCACCUCGACCUUAACCAUCACCCCACCAUCCAUGUCCACCUGCUUCGACAUGCAACCUUCUCCGGCCAACUUCGGGCUGGACUGGCCCGGCCCAUUCCAGCUCGGCCCAUCAACUUUCAUCCUUCUCUCUUGUCAACCCCCGACCACUUCUCUCACUGUUAAAGACUCACCCGCCUGUGACCCCAACUCCCACCUCUGCGCCUCGAUAUAUACAUGUCCCUCCGUGGUUGGGCUGGGCCUCCCGCUUUUCCCGCCGACAAACACGUGCUGCGUGUACUCGCCGGCGAAUCUGGACGGCAAAGAUGAGCUAAACCUCCGGCAAAUGAAGUGUUCAGGGUUCGCUUCCGUCGUUUCGCUUGGAGACUACGCUACGGACCCUGCCAGGUGGCAAUACGGCGUCGCUUUGAGGUAUAAUAAUGGCGUUUUGGAGAGUAACGUUGUGGAAACCAAAUGCAGGAGCUGUGAAAUAAGUGAUGGGGUUUGUGGGUAUUCUACUACUAAUACUGAUCAUGAUCAUGAUAAUUCGUUUCUUUGUGUUUGUAAGAAUGGACUCAAUACGACGACGGAUUGCCAUAAUGGUGUUGUUCCUUAUGCUCAGGAUGUGUUUUGGGGUUCGGCCGCUUCUUUACCCACUUGGAAAUUUUGGUAUGGUGUUUUGGCUGGCGUGAUUAUCUUCAUAGCAGUUUAAGAGAUUAGCUGGAGUCUGGAGAUGGGCUUCCUUUUAAUUUGCUUGUUUUCACUCUCAUUUGGCUUUUGUACAAAAAGUAGUUGAUUUGGAAAUGUAAUGUGUAUGGAUUGAUCAAAUUGAUAAAAUUAAAGUAACGCACAAAGCAUCUUCGGCUGCUCAAAUGGAUUUUAACGUAUAUAUCCACUUGGAAGUUUCGUUUUAAGCCACAUUAUUGUAGAGGAUGUCAUGAAAACAGAGUUGGAAUUGGUAAUAUUACAAAUUUUAGUCA